UCCAUUUGUGGCGGAUCAGCUGCACCGGCCGUCGUUGACUUGUAUACAAUGUACGCAUAGAUAUACGCUGUAGUUUUUCGCAACCGGCGAAGACUCCUAUCUUUGUCUACUUGCAGUGCUCCAAACUGCGAUCUGCACCCCAUGACUGUAGCUGGCUUAUUCCAUAAUCUGAUCUUCAGGCUCUGCUACAGUCCCGUCUACAGAUCUCGCAGCCAAUACGAAAUGUUAGGGCAAUUGUGAUUGUGGAUAGUGGUGGGCGAGCGCUUUGCAGGGCGCAGCAGAAAAGCGAAAACCUGGGGUGGCGGAGCGCGAAGGUAGUGGUGGUUCCCAACCAGGCACCCGGCUGUCCUACCACCGUGAGCUGGAAAGUUUUCUGGGACGCAGUUGUGCUGGAUGCUCUAUGCUGGUGGUAGCCGGGAUGAGUGUUGUGCCACCUGCAAGGCCUCCUCUUCCUCUGCAGUACGCAUCAAUCUCGGACGACUCUCCUGCCGCAUUAACACCGCCGGAGGAGUACGCCGCCACCAAUGGCCACGAUUCCCCGGAGAGCCUGGCCACGCAGCCGCUCCACCACUUGCCGAAGAAGCCGCCGCGCCGCUCAAUCUCGCCGUCCCCAACCGAACAGAGCUGCGGUGCCGCUGACGACGAUGCCACGAACAGCUCGUUGAAGUCCGCCUCGCCACUACUUGCAGAGCAAGACGCUACGCAUAUGCACCUGUCCUCGACCUGUAGCACCCCGCUCCCGAAGGCAGAUAGAUCCACGCACUCCAAUGGCCCGCCGAAGAAACCACUUCUACCGCCCGGGUAUACUAGCCGUCACCAGUCCGAUGUAUCCCCGGAGAGUAGUUUGUUGGUCAAGGCUAACUCUACCACAUGUGCCAGUGCUGAACUAGCGAAAGACGACAGCUUUGCCUGUCCCAGUGGCAAGCCCAUUCGACCUGCUAAACCACCGGCCAAGUACAAGCUGAAAGUUGACCUGCUCGGCCACGGGCCAGCUGCUUCGAGUAUUCCGCUGACGACCAGCUCUCCAGAAGUCACGGCAACGAAUAGCGACGGGCGGCCUCAGCAGCUAAGCAUGGCGAUGCCAGAGCGCAGUCCGGCCAAGCCUCCUCGCAAGAUUGGCGUGUGCGGAACGUCGCCGGUUCGGGACGCUUCAUUGCCACCGUCGCCGCUGGGCCUUACAAUAUCGUUGCCGCCGGAGCUGCUGCACAGCCCGUCCACCACCUCGGACAGUGCGAUAGACAAGGGUCGCAAGUCGAGCAGCGCCUUGCCGCCUGUAGUACCGCCAUUGCCCACCGCCAUGUCCUGUCACAAUGUGGUGCGCCAGUGUCGUAUCGAGUCGCCCGGCCAGGUCGUCAAGCACUCAUCUCAGCCCAACCUGCGCGGCAACCAGGUGUCUAGAGCUAGGCCCGGCAGUGAUCGGCUGACCGUGGAUUCCGACAGCGACAUAGAAGCAACAGAGAGCUGCGACGGCAGGGAGAGUGGUGAUGGGUUUCUAAUGGUGAGGAACACUCCAUCCUCAUCAGACGCCAUGUUCAAGAAGAGAAGCUCCGAGGAGUCGGACGAUGCAAUUGCAAAAAGUUUGCACUCUCGAAGAGCCAAAUUUGAAUCUCGGAUCAAGUCACUGCGGCGAUCGGGUCGUCGCACUUCCAAAGAAAAAGACGGACCAAAGGCACCCUCUCCGCCAAACAAGAAACCAUCAAAAGCCAUGCCGCGGCAGGAAGGCUCUGUCACUUCGUCGGAUUCUGUUUUGCUACCGUUGUCAUCGGAUAGCUCGACGAAGCGUUCGUUCCGCUCCGCUCGCCUCGGCAAAGGUAGAGCAACUACGACCGCAGGCAGCCCGUCUUUUUCAGCGGACACCAGUUCUCUGGAUCAUGACUCGUCUGGUGGAUCGCAUGUGCGCGACACCUCCCUGGCCGGCCAGUACAGCCCUGGCCUGACACGAUCCAUCUCCGACGAGCACGUGAAUACGUUGACGAACGACGAGGAGAAGUUCACUCGUUCUACCUCGCUGUACCCCGACGCCUCUGCCACGUUGCCACGGCGAUCGUCUAACAACAGCGAUAGCGGUGGCAGAUCCGAGAGUAGAGGUUCUCCUCUUCUCAAGAACCUGAAGAAAAACGCCCGCCCUACUAACUUGGUGAAGAAGCUGACUGGCUUGGGCAAUUCGUCGGCAACAACUGAGUCGAAUGGGUACACUCCUAAUCCAAGUGUGACGAAGAAGGUAGUACCCCUGCCGCCGGUUGAUGCAUGGGGUCGUCGUGGAUCAGAUUCUGACAUGCCAAGUCCUGCCACCACCGCUGCCAACGGUCCUGUUGCUUCUGCAGCUGCUGCAGCGGCUAGUCGAGUGCCUGCAGAUGUGGGUCAUGAUGCUUUCAGAGCGAAGCUACGGCCUAUUCCGGCAAAGGCUAUAAGCACGGAAGAAGAGGACUCUGACAAUGACGAUAUGGAGGGAGGAACCACUCUUUUCCAGUAUAUCCUGGUCAUCUCGCUCGUCAAGGAUGAGUCUGGAAAGUAUUCACCGCAAGUGUCGUAUCGCUUCCCGCCCAAGCUGACGGAUGUGGACGACAGCAAGGAUGAGGGCCUCCAGUCCAUACCCGCGUUCUGCUUCCCGGAUCUGGAGCUGUGGACCAAGCCGGUCACCUAUUACAAAAGUGAAACCUUUUCGUUUAUUCUGACCGAUAUUGGUGGAAGCAAGCGAUUCGGUUACUGCCGAAGGCUGUUGCCAUCUCGGAGUACGCCAUGUCUACCUGAGGUGUACUGUCUAAUCAGUCCACUAGGAUGCUUCUCGCUCUACUCCAAGAUUCUCGACCAAGUGGAGCAGAGGCUUGCCCGGUCUUCUUCAGCCGUGUUCGCCUUUCUCAAAGCGGUGCAAGCCAAGCCGUUCCCGGGACCUGGUCGCAAGGUGGUUGUGACAGCCUUCGGCUCCGUGUCUGGUAUGGAGACCAUUGUUCUGAAGCGUCCCAAGGACUCGCUGUGGCUGGAACAUGUCGACUUCGACACGCUGGCGAGUAAGGUUCCGUGCGGCGUUCUGCUGAAAAUAUUUGCAGCGAUCAUCAUGGAGCGGCACCUGAUCUUUACAGCGGAGCGUUUGAGUACGUUGUCCAGCUGCAUAUUAGCGUGCGUGGCUCUACUCUACCCGUUUGAGUGGCAGCAUGUGUUCAUCCCGGUCUUGCCAGCAAGCUUGACCGACAUCUGCUGUUCACCACUGCCAUACAUCAUUGGUGUCAUGAAGUCGUCGCUGUGGAAGGUGACGGAUGAGGACCUACCUAUCGAGGAGAACGUGAUAAUCGUUGACCUGGACGAGGGGAAGUUCUUGACGAACGUCAUCAACGACGUAGGCCUCAUGCCCAACAAGAUGAGAUCGGAACUAGAAUCAGCGCUGAAAGUGGCGUAUAAGUCGUCCAAGGAUGCAACUGAUGCGAAAUCAUCACCUGGUAAUGCCAUGGUGUCAGCUUGUUUGAACUUCUUUGUUCAAUCAAUGGGGCACUACAGGAAAUGUUUCAAGUCGUCGGAUGACCUUGAGUUUGACUUCCCGCUUUUCGUCAAGUCCGGCCACAAGAGCUGUGCGGAGUUCUUGAACGCCUUCACCCAGACACAGAUGUUCGACAUGUUCAUACAAGAGCGCUGCGAUCCGUUGAAUGUGUCCUCUUCGUCUCUCGGCAUGUUUGAACAAACCAUUGUGGACAAAUACGGUCAAUCGGAGGAUUACUUAAGUGGCCGCAGUGCAUUCAAGCUGCACAAGCAAGCCAAGGCCAAGCUGAAGGGAUUGAUGAAGAAGAGCAUUUAGAGUUUGGACGAGAACGUGUCGUCAGUUGGCACAUGCUGCCUACCGUUCAUGUGGCCAGCUCCAGCAGCAGUAGCGUUCAUGUGGCCAGCAGCAGUAGCGUCAUACCGUUCAUGUGGCCAGCAGCAGUAGCGUCAUACCGUUCAUGUGGCCCCAGCAGCAGCACUAGCAGCAGCGUCAUAUACACACGUUCUGAUUGUGCAGAAUGUCCAGGCGCCUACAAAUCACCAACGGGCUUAAGCUGAGGAUUUGCAGCCAGGGCAAGGGCACUUAGAGUGCAGCCAAGCCUCCAGGCCGGCACAUGAGGAUUCCGAGGGACUCCGACUCUUCAUUGUCAUCCCUGUGUGUGUUUGCGCAGCUGUGGUGGUUCGAUUCUAAACUCCAAACGGCGAGCUGAAUUCUUAAUACUGGAUUUGUGUCAAUAGUCUCUGGGGACAUCCUGUGGUACCCCACUUGAGUAAGCCCAUCUCCAAGCAUGAUCAUCCUGGCCAUCAUUUCCAAGCAUCAUCGUCCCGGUCAUCAUUUCCAAGCAUCGUAGUAGUCCUGGCCAUCAUUUCUAAAAAAUAUGUUUAACCAUUCACGACAACAAACUAUCCAUGACAACUGAUUUUUUUUUCUUGAUUUUUGAUUUUUUUAAUUGUUUUUUUAUGUGGUCGUUUGCCUUGAUUUUGGCAGAACAGGAUUUUUUAAACUAACUUAUCACAUUUGUUCAUUACUCUUUUUUAACCGGCUCAGUUUUAAGUUACUUGUCAAUAUUCUUUAUUUGAACAAAUUCGAGCAGUGGGCGUCAGCUCUGAUUGCAUCAUCGAUUACUAG